GCUUUUACCCCUGAACCCCUCUUGCCCCCCGCACUCCAUCGCCUCGCCUCGCCGCCGUUCCCCGCAACACCUAACGCCUCAUCCUCCUCUCCAGAUCAGAUCUUACGCCCGCCCGCCCGAGGUAGCAGCAACCAACUAUUCUGCUGCUGCAGUCUUCUUCGCCGCCAAAAGGAAAAGAUGCUCUACAAAAUCCACUCCCAUGCCGAAAUCCAAGCCCUGCAGGCCUGCACCGAUGAGCUGGGCCACUCCAAUGAGGACAUGCUUGUGAAUCUUGUCUCUCUGGAGUCGGUGCGCAUAGCGUGCGAGUCGUAUGCACUCCUCUGGCCGCUGAUCAAGGAGUUGUCCUGGGCAUGCCCGAAGCUGGAAAACCUCUCGGUCGUGGCAGCCUUGUCGCUGGAAAUCCAAAAGCUCGAGCAUGAUGUGUUACCCCAGCUCAUGGUUCAGGAGGCCAAGCUGGAAAGGGGCGCCCUGCAAGCCGUCCUAGUCAUGCAGAACUCAGCAGUUAAGCUCUUACAUCUGGCGAAGUGCUAUAAGGAAGCCUUGGGUAGAUUGCAGGAUCUGGUCUCACGCCGAGCCGAAGAUGUGAGCAUAAUGCUAGAUGAUAUUGUUGUUCAUGUACUCGAAGGUAAUUGCAACAUUUUCUGGCUUCAGGCGCGUCUCCUGGUGCUGUUCCGGAUGGUCACCAUUAUGUUGGAGACCCCGGUUUGUUUCUGUGAUCCUGUUGAGUAUUCUGAUGAGUAGACUUAUCAGCCAGCUCGAGGCUGUUGUGAUGAGUAUUUCUUUGGGGCGUGGCAAACAGUUUAGAAUCAACCCUUUAUGUUUGGAUGUGUUAUUAAUGGAUUUUAAAUGAUAUGUAUGUUGGGUAGUGUUUUCUCA